UUCAUGGUCAGAGACGAAAUACACGAAUAUUUCGAGAGGAAGUCCUCCGAAUGGAAUAUUGUAGACUUUUUGGAAGAAUGUGAUCGGAGUUCAUUUUCGUUAAGAGACAAGAUAGGGAAAUACAUAUCGUCGCUCGAGACGAUCGUUACUACUACUGAGACGACUGAUCGAAGACAUGAGCGAGCACAGCAGCUGCUCAAGAAUUAUAUACAGGCGAGUAUAAUGAUUUUUAAUGAAAAGUAUAUGAAAAGAAUUUGGUGGCGUGACAAAGGACCUUCCAAGCUCCUCGUGUCAUUAAAGUCUUCUAAGCCGAGCCACGAAGCCAGUGGCACGGAUGACCUUCUAAGCUCGUCCGAU